UAAGAGCAGCCGGCGGCCCGCACUCCCCGCAACAGGUGUCCCAGGUGAAGCGUGCCCUCCUCGGCCUCAGGCAGGCAGAGCUCCGCACGAACAGGCGCAGGUGCAGCUGCAGGUGCGCGAGACCACCCUGCCGCCCACCUACUAAACUGGGACGCACGUACACGAUCCCCUCCCCCACUCCCACCAGCACCAGCCGGCAGGACCUCCUUUUAGAGACGCUGCAUUUGAAGAGGGAGCAGGUUCCAUUCUGACGGAGCAGCUGCUCAGGUGAGUUCAUUGGCUUAUUAAGCAGGUGUGGUCUUUUUCUACCGAUUCAUAGCAGAAAACAGGAGGAAGGUUCACUUGCUUCUUUACUACCAAAGUUUCUAUUUUUGUGUAGUUGAGUUUUGUCAACAGAUUGUUUUUUUCUUUCUGAUCAAAAUUAUGCUGAAAAUCUCACAGAAUAAAAAUGAAUGCAAACGUUCAGUACAAAAAAAAAAAAUCAGUGCAAAUAAUUUGGAUGUUUUAAAACUCUUAUUUACACUUCCAAGUUUUGUAAGACCCCUGUCAUGUGACCAUGCACUCUAUGCCUGAUUGGCUGCCUCUGAGACACAAUCCACUGACUUGCUCUAAAGAUGCCUGAUGUGCGAAUUUUUCAACAUCAGAUUUUUUGCAUUGAAUUUUUUUUAACUUUAUAUUUUAAUAAGCGGAAUACAUUUUGUUUGCAGAUUUAUUCAAUGAAACAUGAAAUCAUGUAAAAAAAAAUUCAGUUACAUAAAUUGAGUGUCUAAAGAAAGCUUUGGUCAUAAAGAAGCAAAUUAACCCUCACAGGUCUUACAGAAAAUGUGUGUGUGGGGGUGUGCGCACGCGCGCACGUGUGUGUGUGUUUUUUGAAACAUAAUAAUUUGUUGUGAUUUUUUUUACUCUGAAUUUUUAUAACCUGUAUUUGUAUUUAUUUUUAUUAUUUAUUUGAUUUUAUUUUACUUUUAAUUUUAAUGAACUGAAUUUUAAAACCAAGUAUUUUAACAAAUUGAAUUAUUUAACCUGAAAACAUUUUCAUCCAGUGGGAUUUUCUGCAAAAUCUGUUGUAAAAAAACAAAACAUCCAAAUAAUUUCUUUCUUUUUUUUUUUUACUCAGCAUUUUUAAGAAUGGAAUUUUUAUAAUCAGAAUUUUUAUUUACUCAGAAUUGAUAUACUGAAUUUUUUUUUUUACUAUGAACUGAAUUUUAAAACAUAUUUUGACAAACUGAAUUAUUAAACACUGCAAAUUUUAUUCAGUGACAUUUUCUGCACGAUCUGACGUAAAAAAACAACAAAACAAAACAUCUUUUUUAGUCUGCAUUUUUAAGUAUGGAAUUUUUAGAAGCUGAAUUUUUAUUUACUCUGGAAUUUUGACAUACUGAUUUUUUUUUAGGCACUGAAUUUUAAAACACUGUAUUGUAAACACUGUACAAAGUGAAUUAUUAAACAUUAUGAAUUUUUAUUCAGUGACAUUUUCUGCGUGAUCUGAUGUAAAAAAAUCAAAAAUUAAAAAAAUCAUAAAAAGUUUAAAGUUACGAGAAUAAAGUCAAAAUAUUAUGGUGAUAAAGUCAUAAUUACAAGAAGCAUCUUUGCAAGAAGAAAGUCAGCAUAGAGUUGAAAUAUUAAAGUCAAAAAAUAUUUUUGUUAAAAUCAUAACAUUAUGACAAACAAACAAAAUAAAGUUAUUUUUGGAAAAUUAGUUUUGGAAAAAUAUGUGAAGCGAGAAGUGGCGAGGGAUUACUGUACAUCUCUUUGUGGGACGAUUCGAUACGCAUCUAGAUACACGGGUUAGGGUAUGAUUCAAAAAUUAUAUAUUUUAAAAAUAGAACGAUUCGAUACCAUUCGAUUCAGUGUACAAACGAUACGAUUCAAUGGUUGUAUUUGUUGAAGAAGCCAAUCGUAUAAAAGUGUCAUUCUUCGAGUAUUUUCAAAUGUGUAAAAGAGCACAUCAUAUCCCCAAGCAUGCUGUAAGACGGGGGUCACCAACCACCAGGCCGCGGGAAACGUUCAGGCACAGUAAUAAAAAAACAAAACACUGAAAAAAAUAAAAUAAUUUGUCAAUAACUACAUCAAAUUUUAUUUAAAGAGAUAUCAAUUUUGGAAAUAUGGGCCAUUGUUAUUUAAAAAAAUGAUACAUAGUUAGCAAUCUCACAGUUUUUGCAUGUUUGUUCUGAGCGGUCACUUGUCCCACUUUGUUAAACGUGCCUUGAAAGCGCCACAUAAUUUUCACCCUCACUGCACAGAUUCAAGAUUCAAGAUUCAAGAUUCAAGAUUCAAGAGAGUUUUAUUGUCAUGUGCAUGGUAAAACAGCAGUUAUACCAUGCAAUGAAAAUCUUAUUCUGUUCAUUCUCCCAAGAAAAGAAAGAAAACACAAGAUUGACUACUAUACUGUAUUUUUCCCCUUUUUCUUUCACCUCAUAUUUGGUCCCAAAUGCUGAUACUAUCUGGGAAAGCAUAAAGAUUCAGUCAUGGGUCCCAGACCACAAGUGGGGACGGACUCCUCCCCCAGCUUUGAAGACAAACGCGAGGAGGUGAAAGAUGCAGCCAUCCUGCCAUCCUACUCCACCGUGGACCUGAUCAACGAGGAUCCGGCUCAGGAGGAUCCCUGGGAGCUGCCGGAGCUGAAAAACACAGGGGUCAAGUGGUCAGAACUGGACACCAAAGGAAAGAUCCUGCGCGUGGUGACGGCUAUCGUGAAGCUAGCGCUGUUGGUAGGACUUCUCUACUUGUUCAUCUGCUCGCUGGACAUCCUCAGCUCGGCCUUCCAGCUGGUGGGAGGCAAAGCUGCGGGGGACAUCUUCAAGGACAACGUGAUCUUGUCCAACCCUGUGGCCGGCCUGGUGAUCGGAGUCCUGGUCACGGUGUUGGUGCAAAGCUCCAGCACGUCUUCGUCCAUCGUGGUCAGCAUGGUGUCCUCCGGAUUGUUGGAGGUCCAGUCGGCAGUGCCCAUCAUCAUGGGCGCCAACAUCGGAACGUCGGUCACCAACACCAUCGUGGCCAUGAUGCAGGCAGGCGACCGCAACGAGUUCCGCAGGGCCUUUGCCGGCGCCACCGUCCACGACUUCUUCAACUGGCUGUCCGUGCUGGUUCUGCUGCCCUUGGAGGUGGCCACGGGGGUCCUGUACAAGCUCACCCUCCUCAUCAUCGAGUCCUUCCACAUCCAGACCGGAGAGGACGCCCCCGACCUGCUCAACAUCAUCACUGACCCCCUCACAGAAUCCAUCAUCCAGCUGGAUAAAUCUGUCAUCACCGGCAUCGCCACCGGGGACCCGGACGCCAGAAACAGGAGUCUGAUCAAAAUAUGGUGCAAGAAAAAGACCAACACGACUUUCUGGAAUGCCACGGUGGAGAGCUGCCCCGCCGGCGCCGUCUGUUGGGAGGAAAUGAACCAAACGUGGACGGAGAUGAACAUGACCUGGAUCGACUACCAAGAGAAAUGCACACAUAUCUUUGUCAACGCCAACUUGCCCGACUUAGCGGUGGGCCUGAUUCUCCUGGGUCUGUCCCUGUUUGUCCUCUGCACCUGCCUCAUCCUCAUCGUCAAGCUGCUCAACUCCAUGCUCAAGGGCCAGGUGGCGCUGGUCAUCAAGAAGGUGCUCAACACAGACUUCCCAUUUCCCUUCGCCUGGGUCACCGGCUACAUCGCCAUCCUGGUGGGAGCGGGCAUGACCUUCAUCGUUCAGAGCAGCUCCGUCUUCACCUCAGCCAUAACACCUCUUGUUGGUAUCGGUGUCAUCAGCCUAGAGAGGGCAUAUCCUCUAACUCUGGGCUCAAAUAUCGGUACGACCACCACCGCCAUCCUCGCGGCGAUGGCUAGCCCCGGAGAAACGCUCGCCAACUCACUGCAGAUUGCCCUCUGCCAUUUCUUCUUCAACAUCAUGGGCAUUCUCCUUUGGUAUCCCAUCCCCUUCCAACGCGUGCCCAUCAGGCUGGCUAGAGGUUUGGGGAACCGCACAGCCAAGUACCGCUGGUUCGCCAUCCUCUACUUGAUCCUGUGCUUCCUGGUGUUUCCCCUCACUGUCUUCGGCCUGUCGCUGGCCGGUUGGCAGGUCCUGGUGGGCAUCGGGGCGCCCUUCAUCGUGCUGGUCAUCUUCGUGGUGAUCGUGAACAUCAUGCAGUCCCGUUGCCCGCGCUUCCUGCCCCGCUUCCUGCGCACCUGGAAUUUCCUGCCGCGGCCCCUGCACUCACUGGCGCCCUGGGACGCCAUGGUGACCUCCACCAUGGGCUUCUGCGGCCACUACUGCUGCUGCUUCUGCAGAUGCUGCGAGUGCUGCCAGAAGGGUGAGAAGGGCGAGAAGGUCGAGAGGGAGAAGAGCCUGGAUUUGUACGAUAACCCAGCACUGACCGUGGAUGACGACCCUAAGGUCAUACAAGGAACCCAUCUUUAAUAAGCAUGAUGUGCUGGCAUCACGUCUAAGACAUUCACAUAAUUGCCGUAAGUCACGGGUGUCAAACAAGGAGGCCCAGGGGCGGAUUUGGCCCAAAAUAUCAUUUCACGUGGCCCACGAAACUUGGAAGUAAAUAAUGCACGUUGUUUUGUUUUAAAUUAUUUAAAUUAUUGAAAAUAUUGAAAAUAUUUCAAAGAUGUUGUGUGUUUUUAAAAAUAUACUUUUUAAAAAUAUACAUUUAUACUGUACAAAUAUUAAAAAUAAAAAUAUAUAUUUAAAAAAACUCUUCCCUCACCCACCCCCCAUCACCCCUGGUAGGGUGGGUGGCUGUUCACCUCAAGCUCGGGUCCUCUACCAGAGGCCUGGGAGCUUGAGGGUCCUGCGUAGUAUCUUAGCUGUUCCUACAACUGCGCUCUUCUGGACGGUGAUGUCUGAUGUUUCUCCAGGUAUCUGUUGGAGCCACUUCUCCAGUGUGGGGGACACGGCCCCCGGUGCUCCUAUGACCACGGGCACCACUGUUCCGUUCGCCUUCCAGGCUCUCUCCAGCUCUUCCUUGAGCCCUUGGUAUUUCUCUUGUUUCUCGUGUUCCUUUUUCCUGAUAUCGCCAUCAUUGGGGAUAGCUACAUCCAUCACAGUGGCUGUCCUCUGCUGCUCAUCCAUGAUCAUGAUGUCCGGUUGGUUGGCUACAACCAUCUUAUCGGUCUUUAUUCGGAAGUCCUACAGGAUAUUAGCCCUCUCAUUUUCCACCACCUUGGGAGGUGUUUCCCAUUGCGGUCUCAGGGUCUCCAGUCUAUAUUUUGCAGAGAUGUUUCUGUACACCAGGGGUCAUCAAAGUUUUUCCUUGUGAGAGCUACUUUUACAAAAUGAAAGAGCUACUCAUUUUUGUAACAUUUAUUUUCUGAGCUUAUUUUAAACCCAAACAAAGCGAAUAUGCUUGUUUUACCAGAACAUUAACAAAAUGCUGGUGUCCACAACUCACAUUUUGUAUUUCAGAAUGCAUUUCUUUCUACUGUUCUUUCAUUAUUAACUGAAAACCUGAAUGAAAAGCAGGCUUGCAGGCACCUCAUGUGGUCGUGGGGGGCUACCUGGUGCCCGCGGGCACCACAUGGGUGACCCCUGCUGUACACUAUACCGGCUACUUGGUUGUGCCGUUCCAUGUAUUCUUUUCCUGCCAGUAUCUUACACCCUGCUAUUAGGUGCUGGACUCUUUCAGAGGCCUCUUUGCAGAGCCUGCACCUGGGAUCCUGCACCUGGUCUAUUGCUCUGGUGCUCAAGGCCUGCUCCUGUGCUGCCAUGAUUAGCGCCUCUGUGCUGUCCUUCAGUCCAGCCCUCUCUAGCCAUUGGUAGGACUUGUUCAUAUCCGCCACUUCAGCUAUCUGUCGGUGGUACAUCCCAUGCAGGGGUUUUUCUUCCCAUGAUGGUUCCUCCAACUCCUUCUUUUCCAGUUUCCACUGCCUGAGACAUUCACUAAGUGCUUCAUCUCUUGGGGCCAUUUUCUUGAUGUAUUCGUGGAGAUUGAAUGUUUCGUCUCGGAUAGUGGUCCUGAUACUCACUAAUCCUCGGCUUCCCUCUUUGCGCUUAGCGUAUAGCCUCUGGAUACUGGAUUUGGAGUGGAACCCUCCGUGCAUGGUGAGCAGCUUCAGUGUUUUAACAUCUGUGGUCUGAACUUCUUCCUUUGGCCAGCUUAUUAUCCCAGCAGGGUAUCUGAUCAUUG